AUGUAUACUUUCAGAUUCGAAAUAACCGAAGUGGUUGAUCUGACCCUGCGCACAGUCGGUGGCCAAGGAAUCGCAUCAGGUUUUCGAGAUGCCGCGUCCCUAGCCUGGCGCCUUGCUUUACUUUGCCGCCAGAGUGGACACAACCCUCAAAGGCACAAACCUGUUCUCAAAAGCUGGUGUCUGGAGCGCAAGCAGCAGCUAGAGCGAUCUCUCGCUUCGACUAUUGCAAAUGGAAAAUUCGUCUCGGAGGCAAACCCGCUGAAGAUAUUCCUCCGCUCCUGCUACCUGUUCAUCAUGAACCUGGUCCCUAGCUGGCGACGACAGCUGCGACUCGGUCCCAGGAAGGACGGCAUGGUCCGCUACCAGUUCUCGCCAGGGAUGCCCUUCAUCCCCGAUCUCAACGGGGGAUUAUGUCUCCCUCAGGUGUACUGUAAGUCUAGUGCCGGGGAGGUUUUCUUCACGGACGAUAUUAUUUUCAAUCCUUCCAAGAAGGGACUCUUCCAAUUGCUUGUUUAUCUUCAAGUGCCUAGUGAGCUUGCGUCCGCUAAAGAUAUAAUAUCCGCUAUUGAGGGAUUUUCACGAGGCGAAAUUCGCAUCGACGAAGCCACAUAUAUUAUUGAGGACCAAAAUUGGAAGUCAACUGGCGGGCAGGACGUGAAAUCAGUGUAUCAACUGGCAAGCGCGGCGGAGUUCGCAGAGUCUUUGUUAUGCGGCGGACGCCCUGAACCACGUUACUAUGAUAUGCAGUACCUUGGGAAAGCACUGGGAGGUAGCAAGUAUGUGAUUGUCCGCCCAGAUCGGUUCAUAUUUGCUGCGUGCAGUAACCUCGAGGAGAUUGAGAGGGCGGCUAGAGAAGCGGCGGAAUACCUACACACCUAA